GAAUACUCACUUAAUCCAGUAAAUCUUCACUACACUAUACUUAACCCACUAUUCACUAAACUUCUCUCUAAUCACUAUGUUGCUUACUAGUCACUAGUAAGUGGUGACUACUGACUACAAACUACGUUACUCACUAACUUUCAGGAACUCCCUCGCUAUCUUCCUUACUCCAGCUAAAUGUUCCUCACUAUUUCGCUAGUGGCCUACCCUGUGCUAAAAAAAAGUUCCCUAACGAUGCACCGCGAUUUUUCCCCCUCGCGAAUAUCUCCAGCAAUGGACCCCCAUACAAUAACAAAUAAACAAACAAGCAACCCAUAGAUAACAGUAUAUUUAUACCAAAAUACUUAGCAAUUGACCAUUUUGAUUCACUAGACAUUUACCCCAAUUUUCAGCUAUAAUUAUAUGAGUUUCUGAUUUGCUAAAUUCCUCCCUAAUUACCAAGAAAAUGCCCCUACAACAAUCACCUCCAGCCAAGUCGCUAGCCGAUUAUCAUAGACAUCAUGGAAAUGGACUGUCUGAUAUAUUAAACUCACCGCUUUCAUCUAAUCCUCCCGAACAUCUUUCAGAAUUCUAUUCACUUGUCAAUAAACGGAAUUCAACGUCUUCUGCUCCAUUAUCUCCAUCUUUCAGCAAUGGUCUGUCUUCUAAGAUAGGGAAUACUACUACUACUACUAAUAAUAAUAAUGGAAUCACCAUUGGUAAUAGUCUAGGAGGUCCACCAACGGCUAGUCAAGUUAAACGUCAACCGUCAUUAAAUACUUUCACAUCAUUUUCACCAUCAGUUUUAGAUUUACCAGAUAUAGUAACCUCUCGAGACUUUCAAAAUUGUAUAACUUCAUAUCAAAAUGUAAUAGAGAAAGCCAGUAAAUUAAGAAGAGUAUUACAAACAGUUAGUGAUGCAGCCAAUGAGUUUGGUGAAGCCCUUGAUGAUUGUAUAAAUAAGAAUCCUAAAAUUAAUAAUCCUAAAUUAGUUCAUGAUGGAUUAAUUAAUGCUGCUGGUUUACAAUAUAUGAUUGGUAGUAAUCAACAGAUUUUAAGUAGAUUAAUAGAAACAAGUUAUGAAACUCCAUUAAUUGAAGAAAUGGCCAAAUUAAAACAUAAUUAUGAAGUUAAUCAUGGAUAUUAUCAAGCCGAAAUUAAACGGAAAUCAAGAAUUUUAAGAAAUCAAGAAUUGGAAAAUAUGAAGUUGGCUAGAAAGAAGACGAGAAAUUUGAAUACAUAUAAGAAUAAUUUAUUGAAUUUGACUAAUCAAUUAGAAGAAAUCGAUCGUCUUAAGUAUGAUUAUUAUCAUGAGAUCAAUUCCAUCAUUACUAAAUUUAAUCAAGAUCAUCUUUUAAUUAAAACAGGCUCAUUAAUUCGAGCUCAAUUGGAGAUCUCUGAGGGAAUUGCUAGGAAAGGUUGGUCAGGUGGAGGUUUAGAUGAUUUAUUAACUAUAUCUCCAGAUUUAUUUGAAGUCAAUUAUAAUGAAGAUGAUAAUAAUGUUCAUGCUAAUGAGGAUCUUGAUGAUAAUGAUGAUUAUGAUUAUAAUACUGUGAAUGAUCAUAGUGGAGAUGGAGAUGAAGAGGGAGAUGGAGAGGGAGAGGGAGAUGGAUAUGGAGAUAAUGAAGAUGAAGGUAAUGAUACUCUAGAAACAGUCAAGUUUAUCAAUCGGGGUUUGAAUAGUGGUAGUGGAGAAACUCAUCCUGAAAUUCCUCAUAUAAAACAUCUGCCAUUAUCAGCUACAGCUAAUACUGAAAAUGUAUUAUCAAAAUUAUCAAUUGGUGCACUGACUCCUCCCCACACAAGUUCUUCUACAUAUAAAAGUUCAACUAGUGCUGGAAAUUUACUUGCAAAGAUAAAUGAUAAUAGUCAAGAUGAAUCAUUUUCUUUACCGAUUGUUAAUAAUACAAUUGGACUGCUGAAGAGUAAAACCAGUCCUAUUAAGGUAUCUAAGAAUGAGGAAAGAGAAGAAGAUCAACCAGUUGAAGUAGAUAAUAUAUUAGAUGAUUUACGAGAAGAGGAGUAGUUUUAUCUAUAAACUUACAA